CAGUAGGAAUACUGUAGAAUAUGUCAGAAACUGAAAUUUGUCUUGUAAUAUUCAUAGGCUUGCCAGGAAGUGGGAAGACUACACUCUGUAGUGCCCUUGUUGAGUAUCUUAAAACUUCAUGUAAAAUAUCAAACGAUAUUGUACAGCAUGCCAUACCCAUAUGUUAUGAUAGAAUGAUACCGGCCAAUGUGUUCAGAUACCAGGAUGACAGCAGUCAGUGGAAGGAAGCUCGUAGGGGCAUUGUAAGUUAUGUAAAAAAUCUUGUCUCUUAUUUGAAAGGGCUGGAACAACAGAACACAGUGAACAGUUUUGAAAUAUCUGUUAGAGAAGAACUGUUAAAAAUAACUCAGAGUGAGAAACGAAGAAGAGUGUAUGUAAUUCUUGAUGAUAAUAUGUACUACCGCAGUAUGCGAUAUGAGUACUACCAACUUGCCAAAUUGUACAAUUUGAGCUUUUGUCAGCUUUUUGUCCACUGCAGUGUGAGUGACGCUUUGAACUAUAAUUUGAGUCGGGACCCAGGUAUGACUGUACCGGGAGAAAUUAUAACAAGAAUGGCCAAGAGACUGGAACCCCCUGACAGACAGAAUAACCCGUGGGAGACAUAUUCACUCACAGUUCCUUCUGAAACAUGGACAGUCACAAAAAUAAAGGAGAUUGUUCACUUUCUGAAUUAUGUUUCUGAACACCCUGUUGUGUUGCCCCUAGAUGACUUUGAGGUGCGCCAGGAAUCAAAGUUAAUCUGUUCAACAAAUGUGAUCCACCAAGUGGAUGUAAUGUUACGGAAAAUUAUAGGGGACAGGAUGAGGGGAGGUAAAACCAGUUUGCAGCAAGUUGAACUCCAGGCACAGUCUAAAGUAUUGGCUGACAAGAGACGUCAUAUCCUUGAAGGAAUUAGAACUGGAAGGAUUCUAGUUCCAGAAGAUAUCUGUGAAGCUGUUGAGUUGGGUCAAUCAAAUACUGGGCAGAGUCUCCGAGAUUUUCUGAGCAGCUUGCUUACAAUAAGUUAGUAGGGUAUCAUAUUUAAAGAUGGUGUACUUCAAUUUAUGGUGUUAUCAUUUCUGCAAUUCCAAAACAGUAACUUGCAAAAAUAAUGCAGGUCAAGUCACAUAUGAACUAUGUAAUUUGGAAGCAAAAUAGUACUGGUAAAUUAUGCAAAAAAAAAGUGUACAUUCCAGAUUCCGAAAAUUUUUUUCAUUUGUAAUGGUUAUACGUAUAACAGUUCUAGGUCCUUGGACCUGGAGAUUACUUUGUAACAUUCAUCACCUUGGUCACCAUAACAACAUAUGAAGGUUUAAUACCCAUUGUUAUCAUAUUCCUAGUGCUUUUCUUAUGGGGAAGAACUGGAGAAAGAAAUUUACUUGAACAAAUGGCAAAAUUGAGAAUUCUUCCAUGUUUUUUUUCCCAAGGGAAACAUAUUUCAUAUUUACUGUGUUUUAUACAACUGCGUGUUUGGAACAAACAGGAUGACACAAGACAGAUAGAUGGGCAGACAUUUUGUCUAUGGAUACUAGCGAAAUACCAAUUGAAAAUUCCCAUCUAUAACUACUAUAUCUACAAAGAACUUCCAUUCAUCCCCACUUGCAUUUUGUAGCCAUGAAAUCUUUGAAGGCUUACAGAAUCACUCUGAGAUCAUGAUUUCAGUGAAUAUGGACACUAUGAACAUGGAAAGUUCUGGUGAGAGAGCUCAAUAGAAUAAGUGCAAUAGUCUAGAGGUAAAUUUUCUUAACAGAUGUUGAGACUGCAAUGCAGAGUUUUAUUAGCAACUGAAAGUGUUUAUUGCUUCAAUUUUCUGCUUUUUUCAUAACAUUAGUUUUGUUUGUUUCCACACAAACACAAUGAAAACAUGCCCUGCUCAAGACUAAUUGUAAGCAGACUGGAGCAGUCAAUGGCUACUCACAUGAUGCAGGGUCUUUCAUGUAUACCUCGUUCCUCUCACGACUGUCAGAUUUCUGCUUUAUGGAACUCAAAGGCUCAAUACCCAUUACUGUGUUCACAAUAGCUUGCCACUGGAUCAAAUCUUAAGACAGUUAUAUCCAGUUCACAUUCUCACAUUUCCCAAAGUUAUGUUUUAAUAUUAUCCUCACAUCUGUGCCUAGUUUUCCUAAUAUGUCCUAUUUCUUGAGAUUUUCCAAGUGAAAUUCUGUGUGUAGUUAACACCUCCAGCUGUGCCACCAUCAGGUCAUGUUUUUCAAGGGUUAACUUUGUAUGACUAGUUCCUAAAUAUUGGCAUGAGAAGACAUUCAUCUCUCAAGCGUACUGGAUCUUACUCAGGCAGGCAGAGUAGCACAGUAAUUUUUAAGUAACCUGUUUUCUUAACACUUGAAUAUCAUUUUAUGUAUCAGUCACUAUUCACAACUUUGCUUGUUAAUCGAGUCUUUUACAGAUUCAAAGUUUUUUUACAUCCUUCCCUUUUGAAGAGCUAUGGCAGAGUUCUUUAUGAAGGUCAAGUUUUUACUUCCUUCCCCUUUGAAGACUUACACAUGAGUGUAAGCCAAGCGUCAUGACACUUCCAAAUUUCAGAACACUUCUGUUUGCAAAAGUUGACCCCCUUAUUACACUUUGAUUGGUUUCAAUUUAACAUAAAGUUGGUCUUUAGUUUUUACAUUGACCAAUGAACUACUCGCUCUACCACUUGGGUAUCAUGUGUCUAGAAUAGCUCAUUAUUUUUGCAUAUGGUCUGCAAUUGCUAGCUAUCAUGUUACAUGACGACUCCAGAAUGCUUGUUCUGAACACGUGCAAUCAAAGACUUUUACACUGCAAUACUAUGUUACAUGUUCAAGGAAGCAAUUCAUUUCUGGUGCCUAUCAAAUGAUAAUUGUGAUAUCAUUCCUUAAAUUUGUAAACUGAACUAAGCAGCAAUGGCCUUUGUGUCCUCUCACUUGCUGACACAUGUUAAUUACAGUUCUUUGGAUAUUCCUCCUUAGGUUUGAAUGAUUACACCCUCCAUCCAACUUCCCCCACUGGAGCCACUAAGGCAGUACAAUUCACUAAUGUCUUAAAUUUGACUGAAGAAACACUGAACAGGCUGAACUGAUGGUAGCACUCUAGACUUUAUUUGAUAGGCACUUAGUUCAAACCUUGGUUAAUACAUUUGUGGGAUGUUGGUUCUGGUACUUGGAGAGAACCAUGUAAAUUUCUAUAACAUAUUUAUUGCUGUUAGAAGAAGAGCUUACACACGAGCAGGCAAGCAGAGUGUGGGCUAAAUGGGCCAUAACUUUAAGGCAGGGCACACCUGAACGCCGGUGAAGCUCCAGCCGCAGUGGCCCUCGUUUGGCAGUCAUGUGACUGUGAGCGGCCCAUAGAGCAGUAAGUGCUGGUGGUGGACUUUCCAAUGGGUCUAGGCAACCGCUCUCAGAGUCUGCUGACAGUGUUGCUGCUAGGAGACUCGCUGUUGCUGAGCUGUCUCAAUGUAAGAGUAGCUCCGACUGACUGACUAGUAUGAUGUGGUCUGCAUCUUUGUCCACUAUUAACUAGCAGUGCUCAGCCCAAUGGGUGUUGGAGCUGCCAAAGUCCAUGCUGAUUGGCUAGCACAUGCUUUGUUCUGCCAGUUGACUAGAAGUUGGUAGCUGGCCUGGAAAUGCGUUGUGGUAGGCUCCCACACAUUGGAUACUCUGACUGAGGUUUUCUGUUGUUCUUUUCCAUCCUUUCAAGCCAAUACUGGUAUAGUACUUCAAUUAGAUCACCACUUUUCACUUCCAAAUUCUUUUCAGUUCAUUAUUCAUUCUUGCUGGAUACUGACAGCUUCAUAAAACAAAAUAAAUACCAUCCCAACAGUGUUUUUUGAAUCUGUGAGUUUUCCACAGGUUUCACCAUGUAUAGUCAUAACUCAGUGACACUAACCAAAGCAACGACUGAUAACAGGCAUAAGGUAAUGUCAGGUAUUAUGCUUAUACCGCCUUUUCAGUGUAAAGAUUAUAUACACUAUCUUUAAAUUAUUCUUAUGGAUUAGAUUACACAUUUCACAUCAGGCAAUAGGGUAUUUAUUAAUACCAGUAUUACAGUGAAACAUUCUGAACCAUCCAACAUUUUAAAGUACAAUUGUAAUUGUAUAUACCACUUAUUUCGACAUUAAACUGUUUAUUUUUGUAAUGGAGAAGAAUUUUAUGCUUCACUGGGCUAAAGCAGCCUGUUUUUAUGCUGUAUAUUUAUUUCACUACUCUGGCUUACAGUCACUGGUGAUCAGGAACCCCUGCCCAAUAUGCUGAACUUUAACUGACUGUAUCAGUGAUGUAAUCUUACAGUGUAAUGUCUUCACAGACAUUCCUGGUGCACUGAUCUUCAAGACUUC